AUGAAGUUCACCACCGCUGCCGCUUUGACGGCCAUGCUCGGCGUCGCCGCUUCCGCCAAGGACAAGCGUACUUUUGCUGUUCUGCACUUCACCAACAAGCAGCUCACCGUUGCCCGUGCUGAUCCCAUCGUCACGCCUGGCAAGCCCUCGACUCACGUUCACCAUGUCCUCGGCGGAAACAAGUUUGGUCUUGGCUCGACUGGCGAGGAUCUCAAACAGUCGACGUGCAGCACGGCCAAGGUCAAGGGCGACAACUCCAACUACUGGUUCCCCUCGCUUUACUUCAAGGACCCCAAGUCGAACAACCUCGAGUCCGUUGAGCUCUUCUACGCCAACGUUUACUACUUCUUUGAAGCCACCAACGACGACAUCAAGGCGUUCCCACACAGUCUGCAGAUGCUGAUCGGUGACCCCAAACUUCGCACGCCUCCCGCGACUGGCGGCAAGACCAACCUCGACCCUUCCAAGGGUCCCGUCAACCCCAUCAAGUGGACUUGUCCGCGCAAGAACAUCGAACAACCCGGCUGGCCCGUCAACUCCAAAGGCCUCAUGGCCGGCAUCCAGGAUCCCGUCAACAAGGGUGAGGGCGUGGGCUUCCCCGACGUCGAAUGCGACGGCUACGCCUCGCCCCUCCGCGCCGAUGUCCACUUCCCCUCGUGCUACAACCCCGAGGCCGGCCUGACCGAUUAUAAGAACAACAUGGCUUGGCCCCAGGACAACAACGGCAAGGCCGACUGCCCCAAGGGCUGGAUCCACGUCCCGCACCUCUUCUUCGAGGCCUACUGGAACACGCCCGCCUUCUCCGGCCGCUGGGAGCAGGGCAAGGGCCAGCAGCCCUUUGUCCUGGCCAACGGCGACGCCACCGGCUACAGCCUGCACGCUGACUUCAUGUCCGGCUGGGAGGAGCCCCUUCUCCAGCACAUCAUCGACACCUGCGACACGGGCACCGCCGGCAUGGAACAGUGCCCCGGCCUCUUCCACGGCCAAAACACCGAGGAGUGCACCAUUGAGUCGCCCGUUGACGAGCAGGCCACAGGAACCCUCACCAAGCUGCCCGGAAACAACCCCCUCACUGGAUGGUCUUAUGGUGCCGGCGACGGUGGCAACCAGCCCAGCCCGAGCGAGUCUCUAUCCUCCAGCGCCGCCCCCGCUCCUAGCAGCAGCCAGUCUUCAGCUCCUGCCUCCUCGGCUCCGGCUUCUUCUGCCCCCGUUUCUUCUGCUUCGACUUCUUCUGCUUCAGAGUCUUCUGCCCCGGCUUCUUCUGCCCCGACCUCGUCUGUUACUGACGAAUCCACCCCCCCUGCCACUGAUGCCACGUCUUCAUCCCCGGCAACGGCUCAGCCUGCUAAUCCCUCCGAAUCCGAACCUGCCCCUACUUCUCAGGUUCAGACCAGCCAGGCCCCUUCGUCCACCGUCCCCGGCGCUCCUGUCAGCACCGAUCAGUGCAAGCCCGCCUCCGUGCACACAGUCUACAAGACCGUUACCGUCACCGGCAGUGCGCCCGCGAGCACCAGCACCGGCGGCGCCGAGAAAGAGGUCGGUGGCUUCAAGUAUGCCGGCUGCUUCAAGGAUGCUUCCACCCGCUCCCUCAAGGGCAAGAUUCGCCCCAACAUCGGCGCCAUGAGCAAUGAAAAGUGCGUCGCCGAGUGCAAGAAGCUGGGCUUCUCCGCUGCCGGUACCGAGUACGGCGGUCAGUGCUACUGCGGUAACGAGCUUGAGGGUUCGGAGCGCCUCGAUGAGUCUGCUUGCAACGUGGCCUGCGAGGACAAUGCCUCGUCCAAGUGUGGUGGCAGCUGGGCCUUGUCUGUGUACAGCGAGACUGGUGAGGUCAGCCUCAAGAACUCUCAGCGACGCCGCCACAUGCACGACCACAUGAAGCGCCACUCUGGCCGUUACUAG